AUGAGCUCUGUACUGCUAUGGAAACAGGAGCCCGCUUCGCCUCUUUCUGAGUGCGAUGAGGCGGCGCUCCUCGACGCCACCAUCUACAAUGCGACGCCCUUCGAAGCCAUAGACAUCAAAUUCGAUGUGGACGCCAACCUUGAUGAUAUCGCGAACUUCGAAUCCAAAGCCGAAGUCGCCUCGCACCUGCUCGAGAACCUGGAGAACCUCAUGGAUUUGGAUGAGCUAAUCAAGGAUGAACCUUUUCUACUCGAUGAAAAAAUACUGCCGAUGUUCGAAGAUGUGGAUUCAGCCAGAGCCGUUCCCGUCUCCGUCACCGAGCUCAAAUCAGAAUACGCCAACAACAACACGCAAUAUCUCCUCAAAGAGUUUGAAACCGUAUACGACGCGGUUGAAUUUACCCACGAUACGCUAACACCGCCACAGAGCCCUCCCAGUCAACAGCCUUUACUCACCACCUUGGAGCCCCUUCUUCAAUAUCCCGCUAUAGUACCUACCAUCAAACCCGUUUAUACUCCUCAACAAAACUACGCCAUAACUGAGCAAAUUCAAUAUGGUUCCGUUAAUCCCGACAUCGCUCACGCGCUGGCCGAAGUGGACGAGUUGGUGAGGACGCGCGUGGAGGAUAUGCAAGGCAGCAGCAGCAGCAGCAGUAGCAUCGGCAGCAGCAGCGACUGUGGCGGUCCUCUAUCGCCCGGUAGUACCAGCGAGGAUUGCUCGUCGGACGAUCCCGAGUGGGUUCCCGAAACGAUCGAGGAAUUCGGCGCGCCUGCUAUCAAGCAGUCGCGCAAACGUUCGAGGCCUUCCACCAAGAGUACCAAGACCAACGUCGAAGACAAGAAGGUGCGUAAGAAGGAGCAGAACAAGAACGCUGCGACUCGGUACCGCAUGAAGAAGAAGGCCGAAUGUAUGGAGAUUCUUUUGAUUGAGCAGGGUAUGGCAGACAAGAACAACCAGUUGACCAAUCAAAUUACCGACUUGCACCGGGAGAUUAAGUAUUUGAAAGGGUUAAUGCGCGAUCUCUUCAAGGCCAAGGGUCUCAUCAAUUAA